AUGGGUGGGCCGGGAGCUGGUAGGGUUAGCAGGCACGAGCUGAACGCGGUGCCAAAGAGCCACGUCGGUCACGGGGAUCGGACCCUCGUAAUCGGCGAGCCAGCAGCGCCAGCAUCGCAGGGCUGUCGGUGUCACUCGACUCCGGAACGCGCGAUCUCGGCAUCCGGCCUCGUCCCCGCCCAGUUGCCGCCUUCGCCGCCGCCUCUCGCCUCGCUGCACAUCGCCGUCAACAGCUGCGCUGCAUUCGGCAUCAACAAUACCACCGGGACGCCGAACGCGGUCUUGGACGGUACCAAGGCUGCUGCGACCAUGUCCUCGCCGCCCAAGCACCGAAGGGGCUUCGACCCCAACGACGUCAACGCCAACGACUAUCGCCGUUAUCGUCGCGUUAAGACGAGACGAGGCUUUGUAUGUACCACACCGUGGCCUUGGGCGCCGGACACAGACCUCCCCGACAUCCCCCGACAUAUAUCCAUCAGCACGAGGCAUUAAAAAAACAUACACACAAGCUUGCGAUGUUCGAUGUUGGACC